ACAACCCAGCCAAAAGCCCUUGCCCCGAAUCUCUUCCACGUUCUCCCUUCCGCGACCAAAGAAAGGGGAAAACCGAUAGGAAACCUUCCUGUCAAUGGCCGCCUCCCCUUCCAAGGGCGUUAGGGUUUAACUCCAACUUCUCCUAGAUCUCUCUCACCGCCCCUCUCCUCGAUCAGGUACUGCAGCACCUGGUAGCCUCAUGGGGUACCUGCAGGAGGCCAGGGAGAAUCACGUCAAGAAGAAGGUCGAGGAAGCUUUGCGCAGCAAAAUGAAACAAAAGGCCCUCAAGGAAUGUGAUGUACUGUGUUCAAAAUACGCUGAAUGUGCUCGAGGAAGAACUUUCUCUGUGGUUUGGACAUGCCGCAAGCAAGCCAAAGAGUUGAAUAACUGUCUUCAUCAAUUCACCAAUGAUGCAAUACUGGAAGAUAUGAAGAAGGCUUACAUGGCCGAGGAAGAGAGCAAGGAGAAGAACAAAUAAUCUUUAUGCAUCCAUGCCUGUAUGUACACUGCUGCUUUUGGAAUUUGGCAGUUGCUUACUGGUUAUCUUAGUUGAUUGAUGCUGAAUUCCUAGAGACCUUUUGUGAACAUUUGGGUUUGUCCAGAUGCAUAACCUGGUAUGAUCUCAAGGAAUCCAUGUAUUAUUUUAUUGACUUGCAAGUUGUGUCUGAUAGCAUUAUCCUCCAAUAACUUGUUUAGCUGA